AUGGAUGCUGCUAUUAGCCUUUUGAGCGAAAUGAAACAAAAAGGCAUUCCUCCAGAUGUUGUCACAUAUAGUUCAUUGAUUGAUGGUUUCUGUAAGUUUGGUCAGUGGGAAAAGGUUAGGACUUUGUUCUCUGAAAUGGUAAAUAUUAAUAUUUAUCCUAAUGUGCAAACCUUGACCAUAGUGACCGAUGGACUAUGCAAAGAAGGGAAAGUUGAAGAUGCCGAGGAGGUAAUGAGACACAUGAUCGAAAAAGGUGUAGAGCCAGAUGUGGUCACCUACAGUGUGAUAAUUGAUGGAUAUUGCUUACGCGGUCAAAUGGAUAGAGCAAGGAGAAUUUUUGAUUCCAUGAUUGACAAGAGCAUUGAGCCUAACAUUUUUAGCUAUAACAUAUUAAUAAAUGGAUACUGUAAGAAAAAGAAAUUGGAUGAGGCCUUGCAUUUGUUUCAUGAAAUUUCUCAAAAUGGAUUGAGACCUGACAUUUUCACCUACAAUACUAUCUUGCAAGGUCUAUUUGAUGUUGGAAGAACUGACUUUGCGCAAAAAUUCUUUGUUGAGAUGCAAUCUACAAGGCUCAAACCUAAUUUAUGCACUAAUCGCAUUUUGCUCCGUGGUUAUUUUCUGAAUGGACUUGUUGAGAAAGCUAUGUUGCUAUUUCAUGAGUUGGAAAAAAAGAGAGAAGAUAUUGAUAUUGAACUUUACACUGUUAUUAUUGACGGAUUGUGCAAAAAUGGUCGGCUCGAAAAAGCUCAUGCUAUUUUUGAGAAGCUUUCUUUGAUUGGAUUGUUUCCCAAUGUGAUUACAUACACUACAAUAAUUAAUGGACUAUGUCUAGAAGGGUUGUUAGAUGAAGCUAAAGAUAUGCUAAGAAAAAUGGAGCACAAUGGUUGUUCGCCAAUCAACUGCACUUACAAUGUUAUUGUGCAAGGAUUUCUCAAGUGUGGCAAAAUUAGUGAAAUGAACACUUUUUUGAAGGAAAUGAGUGGAAGGGACUUCUCGUUUGAUGCAAGUACUGUAGAGUUACUAAUAGACGUUUCAGCAAAGGAUCCUUCUUUGCUUAAUAUGAUACCACAAUUUCACUCGGGAAGUUAG